GUGUCCUCACACUACCAUCUCAACGUCCACAACUGUACGGCUUUGAUGCUCUCUCUCUCUCUCUAAAAAUACAAAAAAAAAAAAAAAUUAAAAAAAAGAAAAGAAAAGAAAAAAACCGAUUUCUCUAAUUUUUCGAAAGUUCAAUUGGGUCUCUCUCAUCGUCAUGUCUUAGCACACUUUUUCAAAAUUAUCCACUGCAAAUUUACGAAUAAUUUGUGAGAAAUUGUUACGAAUAACGUGCGAUUAGGGUUUCAAUUUCUGUACCACUCCAUCUCUGUUUAGAGAGAGAGAGCGUGGUUUGCAGAUAGAAAAGUUAAAGAGCGAGAUAUAUAGCUUGAUAUAUAUGCACACAGUGUAGAGUGAUAAAGAGUGAUGCUGGUAUGAUGGAUUCGAUGAACCCAAUGCCACUUCAAGUUCGGCCCUCGGAAGGGCAAGAAGAAGACCACAUGCAGGUUUCGAUUCGUGUUGAUGAAAAUGGAGGUGGAUUUGAAGCCGAUGAUGGCAGUGAAGGUUGUGACGAUGAUGCGAUGAACAGCGCUGAAGAGGUUCAUAUGAAUCCAACAGUCCCUGUGAAUCACAGUACAGCUCUCUUGUCUCAGACGAGUGAGCUUACCCUUUCGUUCGAGGGUGAAGUUUAUGUCUUCCCUGCGGUUACUCACGAAAAGGUGCAAGCAGUGCUAUUGCUCUUGGGAGGGCGUGAAAUACCUAGUAUUGUGCCUACCUCAGAAUUUUUGUUACAACAGAGCAACAAGAGUGUUGGUGAUGUCUCACAACGUCCAAAUCUUUCUCGAAGAGUUGCAUCCCUUGUUAGGUUCCGUGAGAAGCGAAAACAGAGAUGUUUUGAGAAGAAAAUUCGGUACUAUUGCCGAAAAGAGGUUGCUCAGAGGAUGCAUCGUAAGAAUGGCCAAUUUGCAGCAUUAAAGGAAUGUUACAAAACCGAUGCUAGUAGCUGGGAUCCAAGUGAUGGCACUCCUCCAGAAUAUGUAUUGCGUAGAUGUCAACAUUGCGGGAUUAGUGAAAAGUCUACUCCAGCAAUGCGUCGAGGACCAGCAGGUCCAAGAACUCUUUGCAAUGCCUGUGGGCUUAUGUGGGCAAACAAGGGAACAUUGAGAGACCUUACAAAGGGGGGAAGGAUUAUGCCUUAUGAGCAAAAUGAGCCGGAAACUCCUUCUGAUAUUAAGCCUUCAACCAUGGAAAUGCAAAAUCCCUAUCUUAAUCAUCUUGAGCAGGAUUUCCUGGAAAGUGCCGAAGCUUUUACUGAUAAUUCAUCUAUGCAAUUGGAAAAUUCAUCAGGCAAACUUGACGAGCAGGAAACUCUAGAUGAGCUUGCCAAUGUGUCUGGGACAGAGUUUGAGAUCCCUACAAACUUUGAUGAGCAGGUUGACAUUGAUUCCCACUUGGGGACUGACUGGUCGGGGACUCGAGACAAUGUCAUCCAUGAUUUUUGAACUCUUUUGGGUGCAUCGUCCUCUCUGGUCUGGACAAGGAUGCUGUCGCGGUUUCUGCAAAUAUGAGUUGGUUUUUGUUUAUAGGAAUUGAUAGAUCGUUCAAGCAUUUAGUGGCUCAACAGUCUCUUAGUAUCUUGAUAAGCAUUGGGCUUUCUUUUCGUCUUGAAUUUUCUUCUUUAUUACUCAUUAAGCCGAUGGAUUUUUUUUAGUAUCUUUGGUUGAGUAGACCUUUGAUGUCACUGUGCCUGUCUAGCUAACUUUUUCCGAGGAUGUGAAAUGUAAAAAUGGGUGAAUGGUUCCUUUCUCUGCUCAGAAUCAUUUGGUGAUAUAACCUCUGUCAUUGAUUUUAUUAAUAUUUUUGGGUGGUUCUUUUCCUUAA